AGAUUUUAGACUCCUGAGAAGUAAGUGAGGGGUGGGCAGUAAAGUCAAGUCGCUGCUACACAUGAUGCCUGCCCAUGACUGGAGGAAGUGAAGUCACAUGACUGCUCGGUGUCCUUUCCCGCGAUCGGUGUAGGUCCUUCAGCUUAUACAGUCGGCAGUGACAGGUGGGAGAGGGAACAGUUGUUCUGCCAUAAGGCCGAUGAUCAGCAUGGAGCGGCUGGAGAACUGUGCUCAGAUGUUCCAGAGAAGAUUCCUCAAUGAGGCCUUUCGCCGCCAUUGCCCUGUAUUGUUGGCUUGUAUAGUACUGGGUGGGUCACUGCUAAAGGAACUGUCGCCCCUGCCGGACUCCUAUUGGAACAACAAGAGGAAUGUGCUGAAUGUGUAUUUUGUCAAAUUUUCCUGGGGUUGGACAUUGUGGCUGCUUCUCCCUUUCAUUGCACUAACUAAUUAUAAACUCACUAGAAGCACAACCAAAGUUCUGCGACGGCUGAGCUCCCUGCUGGUCAGCACGUUAAUCUGGUACCUCUGCACCAAUCUUUUCCUGUACAUCGAGGACAUCACUGGCAGCUGCUACGAGUCCGAGGCCAUGUCGGACCCCAAAGAACACCAAGACAGGAGAGAAUGCCGGCUUCACGGCGGAUAUUGGCACGGCUUUGAUAUAUCGGGACACUGCUUUCUGCUUUCAUAUUGCAUAUUGCUCAUUUUGGAAGAAACGUCCAUUAUCCCCAAUAUUCGCUUUGAGAGACACUGGCACAGAAUGGCCAUUAAUGCCCAGUUUGCUGCCCUGAGCAUCCUGGUUAUAAUAUGGGUGUGGAUGUUUUUGUGCACCGCCGUUUAUUUUCACAACAUCUUCCAAAAAGUUAUCGGUACAGCCUUUGGCAUCCUGGCAUGGUACAUAACGUAUAGAUGGUGGUACCUAAAGCCAAUUUCCCCUGGGUUACCCCCAGCCAGCGCCAGCCAUAGUGGCAAGGAACCGAUCUACAAAAAUUAUUGGGUACAAGUACUACAGCCUAUAAAUUAUUUUUAAUAUCCGUUGUAAUUAUUGGCCUUAUCUAUAGAACAAAAGGAGGAAGAACAAUAUUUUAUGCCAUUUGUAUAAAGUUUUAAGAUAACCUUUUUUUUUUUUUUUUGGAUUCAUGACAUAACUGACAUUGUGCAGGGUUUUAUCCUGCAUAGGAUUAUAAAUGACUAGGAGCAAUGGCCCACUCUGAUUAAUGGGGAAUAUAUACCUGCUGUGUCAGAGUUACUCAAUCCAGAUUCUCCAUUGUAUUUGGAUGGAGUACAGUAUGCUGGGAUCUGUAGUCCAGCAACAUGAGGGUUGUAAUCUUAAAUCACUGUUAAGCUGGUCGUACACAGGCAUUUUUAAUUUGUUGAUUCAUCCCCUUCACACUGAGUUGGCAGCUUAUCUGCCAAUGUAUGGGCCCUCCCCAGCUGCCUCCCCAAUAGCUGUCUGGCUAAUAAUCGUCCAGAUAUCUGUCACGAAGGCUUCAAAAUCUCAAUGGGUGUGAACUGCAUUGAUACAGUUUAUAGGCCGGCAUAGGCGACCAUUAGUCCAGGGGCCAGAUCAGCCCGAGUUGGCCCAGCCUUUAGUGACAGUUAUUUGUUCAGCUUGCUUUGAUUUGUGUUGCUCACUUCAGCGGCACGCCUGGGUAAUAUCUUUUUUUCAGUAUUUCCAAGGCCAUGAAACGGAAAAAAAAUCUAUAUUGCCAAUUGUCAGGGGAAUCCUCUGAUUUAAAGCCAUUCUGACGGUAGUUACAGCCACACAUUUCAUUGCGGGGGUUUAUGAACCUGAACAGGAUUCCGUUUUACUUUGAGGCUACUCAGUCUAUAGCUGGGUUAACAGAUAACGGUUAUUAGAAAGUAAAAAAAAUGCAUAAUUCCACUCUCUGCUCCAGGACAAUAUUAGGCCUAUGAUAAAGGACAGUGGAAGGAAAAAAAAACUUGGUACAAGGAUGGGAUCUAUCAGCUGGAAACCUAUUAUCCAGAAAGCCCCAAAAGCCAAGAAUGCCAUUUCCCUAUCGGUCAGGUUUUGAAAAUUUUAUUUGCAGAGGCACCAGUCGGCUAGUUCACCGGCAGAUGAGGAAAUCAAAGGAACCCGCAGGUCUUCUUUGAAACCUGCCCGACGGAUAUCUGCCUGAUUUUCAGCCAUAUUGCUACUGGGGAGGACCCAUAAAAAACCCUUUUACCAGUGUAAUGUAUAGAAUUGUCUGUUAUACCCAAACACUACUUUUAUUUUAUCUCUCAAAGCUAAGGGUGCCUGCAUGGGAGAACAUUACCUGCUGUUUUUAUAAACACUACAAAUAACCUUUAUCAGUAUAGCUAUCUGCACAUUACACUACAUAUGAGGCCGUGCCAGCCUUUGCAUGUACAAUCUCAUGCCCGUGAGUGCACCCGUAUGCCCAAGCAAUUGCCAUUAAAAUCGACUAGGGUUCGAGAGGGCUUUUUUUGACUGGAGAUACCCGGGGAGCAAAACACUGUACAGCUUUGCUUAGGCUGGGUUUCCAGGCCCAGUGUGCCAGUUAUAACCUAUUCCCUGCACUCAUAGAUACCAGCGUGAGUAGGUUACCUUCCUUAUCCCUGAUGUUGCAAAGCAAAAUCAUCUAUUGUCCCUGUUAGCUGAAUUCAAGGAUGGGACACUGGGGUUGUAACUGUACAAAGCUUGUAUUGCCAAAGAUAACCGCUCCUUAAAUAAGGGCAUUACACACAGUCAUUGGGCAAAGUGCUGGAACAGUGUUCCUAAUGGAGGGUGGGACAGAUAUUUGUACUUACUGGGCACCUAUCAUCUUAAACUUUUACUAUUCUAACCAGCCGGACUACCGGAGCUAUGGUUUGUGCAGGGUGAUUAUUCUUAGGCUGAUGGAAAUCCCUGUCAGUCCAAAGAUGCGAGAUUAUGUAGGGCUGCAUAGGCCACUGUUCUGAGAUUUUUGGCCUAGGAGCCAAAUGACCAUCAGAUCUGGCUCAACACCUCACGGAGAUGGACCAAACUGAAAGAUUGUUUUAAUAACAUCAUUGGUCUGUGCUCCUUUUGUAUAGAUAAUUUAAUAUAAAUUAACCUGAUUAUUUAUUUUAAUCAACAGCCUGUAUUUGUAGAUAAGUGACAAAAAGGUUGGAUGUCCCGGAGCUGCCAUAAUAUAAGUAGUUUGGUGCUAAACGCUACAGUGUUACCAGGGAGCAUCGGAGUAUGUCACCAUUAAGGAAUACAUUGGUUUAUUCAGUAUUCUGUAAGGUUAUAAUUCCUAUUGCUCAUUGGCCAUUAACUUAUAUGGAGACGUCUGCUUUAUAGAAGCAUAGAUAAUACAGCUGUUCGGAAAUUCUGUGCCUGGAUUGGUUUGUACAAGUCAUACAUUAAAGAGUUUAUAAAUUGUGCUCAAUUAAUUAUUUUUGUCUUAUUGGAUAACAAGAUAUGGAUGAGUUCAUUAUCGUUUUGUUGCAGAGGUAGGCGGGACAAACUUAAUUACACAGGCGAGAGGAUUGUACAAUAAGGACCCUCCUAGUACUAAGUCAGCCAUCUUCCUGCUGUAUAGCAUAGAGAGAUGAGUAGGGAUAACAGUCAAGCCAGCACUGUCAGGCAUUAUUGAUGCUUCUCCUCUGAUUGGGAGAUGGGAGAAUAUAGUGCUGGCUGGUAGAAAAACUGGGUUUGUGACCCUAGCAACCAAUCCCACACUGGAGAGCCGCUGAACAAAAAGGGAAAUCAUUACAAAAAAACAAAUAAUAAAUAAACAAAGCCCAAUUGCAAAUUGUCUCAGAAUAUUACGCUCUACAUCAUAUUAAAGUUAACUCAAAGGUGAACAACCCAUUUGAAUGGGGCCAGCAAGCCCUACAAAGAGAAUGUGAAUGUGUACAUUAUGCAUAAAUGUGUAGGGGAUAUUUCAGGGUGUUACCAACCCUUUUAUUUGCCUUCAGAGGGCAUCAUUGUAUUGCAAACAUACUGGGGGCCAGGGGGCAGGAAUGGAAUAGGCACAAACCCUUCUCUAGCCUGCCAAACUGACACUUCAUGGCAGCUGCACAUACCUGUGCCACAGACAUUUCUGAAAUGACAUUACAUAUGAAUAUACAAUACAUAUAUCUAAGUGCCUAUUUAUGAUUGAGCUUGAGCAAUCAUAAAAGAGUUGACUUUUUACAAAAUCCUGUUGCCAGUUGCCAGAGUAUUGGGGACCAAAACCCAGUGUGGAUUAGAAAACUCACUCGGGAUUUCCUUUAUGGUUGCUCAAGCCCCAAGGCUAGUUUUUAGGUUCUCUAGCCCUAGUAACAAAGAACAUCACCAAGUACAAUAUAGACUUUUGCACAGAGUUGUUAUCAUGAACAGAACAUCCCAAGCCCUUCAGUUGUAUAUAAAGGGGGGAAGCAAGCCCAGUGCAUGCUAGGAGCAAGGAAAUAGGGUGGCCGACACGUGCCUUUGUGCGUAUGCACUCUGAUAUCUGGUGUAUUUGUGUGUCUUUGGCAACCCUGCCCUGACUGAUAUGCAUUGGGUUGCCCUUGGAGUUUUCACUGGCUGUAGGGCCACGUGUUUGACCCCUGCCAUAAUAGCUGUGUAGCCACUUAUAAGUACCUUGUUUUUAUGAUUUUUAAUCACUCAAUAAUACUUGCAGUCUCAGGAUUUCUGAAGCCAAAACAAUUUUCCACCCAUGUGUUUGAUUUAUGGUCUGCCACAGACCUGAUUGCAGAUUGAUUGCAAUUAAACAACCCUAUGCCACAUCCACAGGCCUUCCUUGCUGUAUCAAAAGAAACACAGGAUUUCUUGUCUCCUUUUUUGUAAACAUGUUCUUAGGGUAUCUGACUCUUUCUAUAUCUCUCAGAAAAAUCCUUCAUUCCAGGAGUCUGCGCAGUUCUCUCCUCUCUCCCUUCUCCUGCUCAUAAAACUCACUCCCCCCUCCCUUAGGAAUGUGUAAUCUGAGCUACAAUGGCUAGAGCUACAGCAGGAAGCUAGGAAGACCAAGCUAAAAUGGCAGUUGUUGUCUUAAACAAACGGAGGGAGCUUCUAGGGCUCUUUACUCAGGUAUGGUAAAGCUUUCUGCUGAAUAAAUAUAGCGUUCUAGGUGGUACUAAUGUGGUGAAUCUAUUGGCAGUAACAUGCCAAAAUGACUUUCCUUCUCCUUUAGGAAAUACAGAUAUUUGGUUCUUCUAGAACAGGGGUGGGCAAUACGUCGAACGCGGUCCACCAGUCGAUCCCCCGAGGAUUCCUGGUGGACCGGGAUCAAGCCGGGGACGCGGAAGUGCUCCGUGAAUGCGUACGUAUGCUGUGUCGCAUACAUACGCAUGCACUCCACACUUCCGCAUUCCGCGUCGGUCCGGUCAAUCGCGACUGGACCGAGUCUGGCCACCCCUGUUCUAGAAUAUAUGAGAUACAUAUGUCAGUUAAAAAACAUUCCUUGUUUGUGGAUCAGUUAAAUGACCGAAUGCCUUUGGUAAUCACUUUGGGGGCACUGGGGCCUCAGUCGGAGGAACCCUGAUAUAAACAUUAGUUUUAGAAUAACUUGAAAUACCUAUACAUAAUGGUUUCUCACCAAAGUUUUAUUGAAGAUCUGUAAUACUUUCUUGGCUCAGAGCUUCAUCAUUUUUUUCGUUUGUUUCUGACAUACAAAAAGGCACAAGAAAGUGUUGAACCCUGUGAAAUUAUGAGUGUGUGCGGACGAACAAAUAAAUGAAUAAAAAGAGAGAAUUGUUUCCAUAUCAGACAAAUGGUCACAAUCAUUUUGAUAACAGGAGACUGUUCCAAAGGCAUCGUAAGGGGGGGGGGGGUAAUUAACAAAAAUACAUACAUUCUAAAAACAGCUCAAUUAAAAAAUAUUUGAUUUAAUGAAAAAUAAAGAAAAA